CCCAGUGUUACUGUUGUUGAUUGCGUUGACCCCAAACUAAGCACUGCAAGACAUAUACAUGUAUCAAAACAGGUUCGACCUCAUUGAUGCAGAUAUAUAACAGGUCUUCAUCGAGAGUCAUGUUCAUCAAAAUUCUACCCUUGGUUUGCAUUGGACUGGUGAUUUCGUCGACAACAGGUGCUGAUGUAGCAGACGUCUUGUACUCGGAAAUCCAAUGCUCCUUUAAGCCACCGAGGUUGUGCGACUGGACGAGCGAGACUGCUCCUGGCAUAACCGCCAGGUGGAAGAGGGUGGAUUUUCUGACUACGAUCAUUGAUAGCAUCUCCGACCCUUCCACAACCGGCCUCGGUUAUGGCCCCUUCUCUGAUCACUCGGGAGAUACCUACUACGCCGCGGCGACUGGACGAGAGGGGCAGGUCGCGCGUCUCCUGACACCGAUGAUUGAAGGCAACCCAGACGCGCCAGUCACGGUGGUGUCUUUCUGGUACCACGUGGGUUCAACCACUGCCAACCUCACCGUCAGCAUAAUCCACGAGGACCAGACUAAGCCAAGCAGGAUCAUAUGGGCUCUCCCUAAGGAAGGCGUGGCACUUGGAAGGGGAGAUCCGUGGCUGCUUGCUAGACAUACGAUCAAUUACCCCGCUAAGUUUCAGAUUGCCUUCGAUGCCGAAAUGCAGAACAACGAGACCGAGUACUUUGGAUUGGAUGAUGUUCUUCUUCAAACAGGACCGGUUGUCAAGACGUGUGAUUUCGAAGGCAACAUUUUCGGCGACUUGUGCCAGUUCUACCAAGCUGGACUGGCCGAGAGCUCCGUCGACGAUUUUGACUGGACGCUACAGAGCGGAGAAACGCCCUCUCUUGACACGGGCCCGCUUUUCGAUCAUACCUUGGGAAAGGGAGGAAAUGGGCACUAUCUUUUCAUCGAAGCCACCCGUCCCGAAGAGGAGAAGACAGCGGUGCUGUAUAGUAUGGAGUACAGCAAGCUGUCCGUUAGCCCCUGUAAACUGGAAUUCUUCUACCACGCCUUCGGGAGCGAUAUCGGGGGCCUGAACGUGUGGCUGCCCGGCCAAGAAUACGCGAUAAGUCUGACAAGCGAGGACAGCUGGAAGAAGUAUGAACUUGAUCUGACUCACGUAGUCGGGACAUUCAGGAUAGCAUUUCAAGGAAUGAGGGGUGACGGAAACCUCGGGGACAUCGCCAUUGAUGACAUCAGCUUAGUUGGAGAUAAAUGCACAGGGUUUGACGCAUGCACCAGCUCCCCUUGUCUCAACGGGGGAAUCUGCACGCCAGACGGGGACAGCUUCACCUGCGAAUGCCUCGGAUGGGACGUCCCGCCAAUUUGCGAGAGAGGUGAAGAUCCCGUCCAGAAUGCCACCACGGAGAUACAGUGCGAUUUCCUGCCCCUGGAUCUGUGUGGUUGGCAGAGCGAGCCAGUCGAGGGCGAAGUCACAGCCACAUGGGCGAGACAGUAUGUGUUGUUAACCAACGUUGGUCCGUUGACUGAUCAUUCUGGAGAUGAAUACUACGCUCGGACUGCGGGGACAGAGGGCACUUUGUCGAGAAUGUUGACGCCGAUGAUUUCAGGGAGCCGAGAUGCUCCCCACACGGUGCUGACGUUCUGGUACCACAGCAGCUCCGCACGGUCCAAUCUGACGGUGAAGAUCGUCCACGAAGAGUCCUCCAAACCCAUGGAGACCGUUUGGUCAUUCCCUGCCGGAGGGGUUUCCAUGGAGAGAUUUGACCCCUGGCAAAAGGCCAGAAUGAACAUAAAUUAUCCCGCCAAAUUUCAGAUUGCUUUCGAAGCACGAAUGACUGACUCAAAUAACGCCUAUCUUGCUUUAGAUGACGUCUUGCUUCAGACUGGAAAGGUGCCACAAAGCUGUGAUUUCGAGGGCAGUCUCUAUGGUGACCUCUGCUUCCUUGACCAAGUAUCUCAUAACACCGUCGAUCAAUUUGACUGGACGAGGCAGAGCGGCCAAACACCAACUGCCGGCACUGGCCCUAUGUACGACCACACCUUUGGACAAGAUAAAAUAGGCCGUUACAUGUACAUAGAAGCCUCUAACCACACGGCUGGCGACAAAGCAAUCCUCGACGCUCUGAAGUUUUACAAGAUGGAAGGGUCGGCGUGCAAACUGGAGUUCUACUACCAUUCACUUGGGUCAAACCUGGGCCAGUUGAACGUGGCCGUGUCCGACCAAGUGAAUCAAGUACCUCUGACAAGUCAAGAUGUGUGGAAGAAGCAUGAGAUCGAUCUUAAAAAUGUAGCCGGGCCAUAUAAAAUCACUUUUGAGGGCGUGGUGGGCAAUGGACCACAAGGUGACAUUGCCAUCGAUGACAUCAGCCUGGUUGGAAAUGACUGCAUGGAGGUCGACAUGUGUGCAAGCUCGCCCUGUCUGAACGGAGGGACUUGCACUCCCACGGGUACAAGCUAUACGUGCAGCUGUCGUAAGGGAUAUCCCGGAUCGCAUUGCGAAGCACCGCCAGUUUACGAGCCGAUGGACACCAUGACGAUCGUUGCUAUCUGCGUGGGCUGUGGGUGCGCCUUCAUUGUCCUCCUUGUCGUGGUGUAUUUGAUGUGGUCCAGUUGCCGUGGCAACAGAGGUAGCAAAGAGUACGAGGUGGACGACUCCACAGACGGCACGCAGCUGGCCAUGUCAAACGACGGGCUCGAGGCCGAAAAUAACGAGCGGGAGAAGCACGGGGAGGUUAGGAUCUAGUGGCUUCCAUGCACGACGGGUUCAGGGAAUCCGCAGGCUUUGAAAGUAGUUGAAACUAUCUUUGUCAGUUGCAGAGAACAAUGUGUCGCAAUGAUUUCUUUGUACAUUGAACCGUAGACCAAGGAAAAAAUGUUCUCACAUUACAUUUACAAAUCUUAAGAUUCCUUCUUUUGUCGGGCCUACACAUUCAGAUUGCAUAUGGCAGAUUACAAUUCUUACAAACAUCAACGCUUGUGUUAAUAACUUCACUACAGAAGAUGUUGCUUCAAAUCAUUUUUAUGGCUAUCUUAAGAGCAAGAAAUUGGGUAUCUGUAGCAAGGUUGACGAAAUAGUCAUUCUUGCAAAGCUAUCUUUCGCCACCGAGUAUGUCCUUCACCGGGUUGGUUAAGGUCCAUCAGCUCUCCUGUCUCAUUUUUUAAAGAUACGAUCAAACAUACGGGAUUUAAUGUGAGUAAGUGGUUAAGUUUUAAGCUUUUCAACCUUAUUUGGAAAGGAGUGAAGGGAAGAUUUGGCACUAUUAGAGACCCCAAAGGAAUUUAUAAAAGAGGCAAUUUAAUGUUUUAAACAUGCGUGCACAUCCCCUGAAUGGGUGUACGUACCGGCAAUCCGUCGCGUCUGCGCAUGGGCGCCCGGGUCACAGCGUCCUUGUUCUUCAUUUUUUAAUGAUGGAUAUUCAUCGUUGUUUCAUUGAAAGUACAUACCUGCGCAUUGUAUUCAGAUCAGAUAGAUCAGUGUGAACGGUCUCAUUUCUGCGUGCUGCUUUUAAAAUGGACGUCACUGGGAAAAACAACAUGGCUGUGAGGAUCUUCAAUUAAAAGCUCCCCCCCAAAGUUUCAUCCUCAUUCUAGUCUGGGUGCACAUCGUUGAAGUCAGUCGCGAAGCCGAAUGUGUUAUGCCUUUUUCUGACCUUAAAACUUUGCAAUUCGCAUGUCUUCUUCGGAUUGAACCAUUAUUCUAUAUUAAACAGCAAAAUAGUCGAACUAUGCACAGAUUCUUUGCGAUUUAUUUAAGUACUACAAAAUUGAUGACUCAUAACGUUUACAUUGAGGUUGGUUAUUCAUAUUUUUUCCUUUCAUCGGUCGUGUAUAUCGUGUAAAUAGGCCGAAGUUCCCCAAAGAAACUUCAAAUUACACAUUCUUUUGUCCGGAUAAAAUGUCAUAAAUGCAUCUAAGGUGAAACAUUCUGGUACAUUUAUUACCAAUUAAGUAGGUGAAAAACAUACUUUUUGUGGAAAACAAGACGGUUUUACCAACUGGCCAGAGUUAUCAGCCGAUAAGGGCCACAAAAAGCUGAAAACGAUGUGUUCAACAGAAAUAUUUAGUCAAAAAAUGUUUGAUUCAUAUUGACUGUUUUCAACAUUUUAGUACUGUAGCAUUUAUGCAAUACUAAGCCGAGUAUACUGUGGCAAUAUUUUUUAUUGACAUAGUCACUUCUUUUCUUUGUUCCUUUUUAAUAUGUUUGUGCAAGUUUGGUUAGUUAAUACGACCGACAACGUGCCUUUUGUGCUUGCUUGUACAUUUUACAAUAAAAUGAAAAGCCAAACUACAGCUCACUAGAGGCAAUGUAUGACGGAAAUCUACAGUUUUGGUAGUCAGAAAUAGAAAGAAGAUUUUUACUCAAAUGUUUGCCUUAACGAGAUUUAAAUUCCCAUAUAUUUAAGAACUAUUACCACUCUACUAACGAAGCCUCACGCGUCUGCCAGAGAUGUCACUUUGUAACGUUAUACAAAUCAAACUUUAGUUGGUUGCUGAUGUGCUGAAGAAAAGUGUGUUUAUAUCCAAACAGAAUUUGAAUAAAACAUAUGUUAAGGUAAAAUA